CUCCCAAAAAACCUCCCACCCAACCCCCAGCUGACCCUGUGGUGAAAAAUAAAACAGAAACCUCAGUGACACUGGCGUGGUCCCCCCCGAAGAUGAACCGCCCCGUUCCCAUCGACGGCUACGUGGUGGAACGCAAGAAGCUCAGUGGCUUUACCUGGGUGAGGUGCCACGAGUCCCCUGUCCCUGCCCCAGAGUUCACGGUGGGCAACCUGUCAGAAGAGGCUGACUACCAGUUCAGGGUGUCCGCGGUCAACGCGUAUGGGCAGAGCCCCUACCUGGAGUUCCCGGGGAGCGUGCGCCUGGAACCAGUCCUGGCUGUGAAAACCCCCCUGACGACUGUUGAAGCUGUACCUGGAGGGGAUGCCCUGUUUACUAUUGACCUUACAAAGACAUGUUCUGGGACUUGGUACCUCAAUGGCAAAGUCUUACAGGAAAGUGAGACCUACACCAUUAGGAGAACUCAAACGACUCACACCCUCCUCAUAAAGAACGUCACCAAGAGCCAUGAUGGAGCAGAAGUGAAAUUUGUUGCCAAUAAUGUUGACACCAGCACCAAGAUGAGAGUGAAAGGUAUUUACUUUGAUCAUUGCCCUUCCUCCUCCUACAGGGAUGUAGAAAAGCUCUCUGCUCGGCUGCGGGAGGAAGCCAAGCUUCAGGCUGAGCUCUCAGACACAGAAGCUCCCGUGAAGUGGAUGAAGGAUGGAAAAGAACUCAAGGCCAGUGAAAAAUAUGAACUUCAAACCCUAGGGAAGAAACGGAUCCUGAAAAUUCACAACACUGCAGCAGAGGAUGCUGGAGUUUAUGAGUGUGUCUGUGAAGGGGAUAAAAUGCUCUACCAGCUUUCAGUGAAAGCACUUGGAAACUUCAUAAACAAAGAGAAAAGUGGAGGAACUGUCAAGGCCAUUGCUGGAGGACAGGCUGAAUUUGUCUCUGAGACCUCCGAGGCCAAUGUCCUGGUGAAGUGGUACAAGGAUGGCAAAGAAAUCACAGCCAGCAAGAAAUUCACCCUGGAAGAUAAAGGGAAACUGCAUAAGCUUGUGGCUUCAGCUGUGACCAAAGAAGAUGAAGGAACAUACACGUGCAAAAUUGGAGAUGACACUCUUAUUUUUGAUUUAAAAGUCUCAGAUGAAGCUGUUAAUUUUGUCAAUAAGCCCAAAACAACUCCAGAAAUAUCAGUCAGGCCUUCUGAAAACCUGGAGCUGGUGUGUGAGGUGUCGGCAGCCAGCGGAGCCGUGGUGUGGAAGAAGGAUCAGAGUGAGGUGAGGCAGGACCACAGGACAACAGUCAUCUCCCAGGGGACACAGCGCAAGCUUAUCGUCAAGAAGGUGACACAGCAAGACCAAGGGAGCUACACUUGUGAAACAAAGGACGACAGAACAACAUUCCAAGUCAAAGUCAGAGGUGAGGAGGUGCUAGAAAUGCCAAAGAAAAAGGAAUAUUCCAUUUUGGGGGAGAGAGAAGACGUGUUUACACACAAGGAGAAGGUGCAGAAGGAGGUGAAGGCUGCACUGGCACAGAACACCACACUGAGCUGCGAGGUGGCCCAGGAGAAGACUGAUGUGAAGUGGUACAAGGAGGGGAAGCUGAUCACCUCCAGCAAGAAGUUCAAGGUGGAGUCAGAGGGCAAAUCCCGUCGCCUGGUGGUGGCUCAGGUGGAGAAGAAAGAUGCUGGGGAGUACACCUGUGAGGCUGCUGGCCAAAAAAUGACCUUCAGGAUCGAUGUCACAGAGGCAGAAGAACCAUUUAUGAACAAGGAGAAGGUGCAGAAGGAGGUGAAGGCUGCACUGACACAGAACACCACACUGAGCUGCGAGGUGGCCCAGGAGAAGACUGAUGUGAAGUGGUACAAGGAGGGGAAGCUGAUCACCUCCAGCAAGAAGUUCAAGGUGGAGUCAGAGGGCAAAUCCCGUCGCCUGGUGGUGGCUCAGGUGGAGAAGAAAGAUGCUGGGGAGUACACCUGUGAGGCUGCUGGCCAAAAAAUGACCUUCAAGCUUGACGUCACAGAAGCAGAGGAUGCAUUUAUCAACAAGGAGAAGGUGCAGAAGGAGGUGAAGGCAGUGCUGAAGGAGAACACCACACUGAGCUGCGAGGUGGCCCAGGAGAAGACUGAUGUGAAGUGGUACAAGGAGGGGAAGCUGAUCACCUCCAGCAAGAAGUUCAAGGUGGAGUCAGAGGGCAAAUCCCGUCGCCUGGUGGUGGCUCAGGUGGAGAAGAAAGAUGCUGGGGAGUACACUUGUGAGGCUGCUGGCCAGAAACUCACCUUCAAGCUUGAUGUCACGGAAGAUGUGUUUGAGCACAAAGACAAGGUGCAGAAGGAGGUGAAGGCUGCACUGGCACAGAACGCCACGCUGAGCUGCGAGGUGGCCCAGGAGAAGACUGAUGUGAAGUGGUACAAGGAGGGGAAGCUGAUCACCUCCAGCAAGAAGUUCAAGGUGGAGUCAGAGGGCAAAUCCCGUCGCCUGGUGGUGGCUCAGGUGGAGAAGAAAGAUGCUGGGGAGUACACCUGUGAGGCUGCUGGCCAAAAAAUGACCUUCAGGAUCGAUGUCACGGAGCCAGAAGAUGCUUUCAUCAACAAGGAGAAGGUGCAGAAGGAGGUGAAGGCUGCACUGGCACAGAACGCCACGCUGAGCUGCGAGGUGGCCCAGGAGAAGACUGAUGUGAAGUGGUACAAGGAGGGGAAGCUGAUCACCUCCAGCAAGAAGUUCAAGGUGGAGUCAGAGGGCAAAUCCCGUCGCCUGGUGGUGGCUCAGGUGGAGAAGAAAGAUGCUGGGGAGUACACCUGUGAGGCUGCUGGCCAGAAACUCACCUUCAAGAUCAAUGUCACAGAGCCAGAAGUUGUGUUUACAAACAAGGAGAAGGUGCAGAAGGAGGUGAAGGCUGCACUGGCACAGAACGCCACGCUGAGCUGCGAGGUGGCCCAGGAGAAGACUGACGAAGAGAUCACCUCCAGCAAGAAGUUCAAGGUGGAGUCAGAGGGCAAAUCCCAUCGCCGGGUGGUGGCUCAGGUGGAGAAGAAAGAUGCUGGGGAGUACACCUGUGAGGCUGCUGGCCAGAAACUCACCUUCAGGAUCGAUGUCACGGAGCCCAAACCUGCGUUUAUAAACCAGGAGAAGGUCCAGAAGGAGGUGAAGGCUGCCUUGAUGGAAAGUGCCACCCUCAGCUGUGAGGUAGCACAGGAUGGAGCCGAGGUGAAGUGGUACAAGGAUGGAAGGCUCCUCGUCUCCUCUAGGAAAUUCAAAAUAGAAACUGUGGGCAGAACUCGGCGCCUGGUUAUAGAGCAGCUGGAGAAGAGAGAUGCUGGAGAAUAUGUCUGCGAGGCUGCAGGCCAGAAGCUGACCUUCAAGUUGGAGCCAACGGAACCAGAGGCUAAAUUUGACAAGAAAGUUGUCCAGAAAGAGCCUCUCAUCGUUGACGAACAUGAAAGCAUCACACUGACUACUUCAGUCACGCCUGAAACUGCUGCAGUGAAGUGGUUCAAGGAUGGGGCAGAAAUCAAGGCCAGCAAGAAGCAUGUGCUGAAGAGUGAGGGGGCAACCAGGACCCUGACAGUGACCCUGGCUGAGAGCACAGACACUGCUCUCUACACUUGCCAGACAAAGGAUGACAAGCAGGAGUUCCAAGUGCAGGUGAAAGAGAUCCCAGUGACGUUUGAGAAGAAGCUGGAAGCUGUUAAAGCUGAGAUUGGAGGCAGUGUCUCCUUGACCUGUGCCCUGAGCCACGCCAGGGGGCAGGUGGUGUGGCGCAGGAACGGGGUGGAGAUCAAGCCCAGCAAACGCUUCCAGAUCCACCAGGAAGGGGCCAAAAGAACCCUGACCAUAACAGGGAUCCGGGCUGAGGAUGAGGGGGAGUACUCCUGCGAGUCCAGAGAUGACAAGAGCAGCGUCACCCUCGUCCCCAAAGCUCCCAGAGUGGUGAAAUUCGUGGCCAGCCUCAGCAGUGUGGUCUCAGAGGAAGGGAAAGAGGCCGUGUUCAAGUGCACUGUCUCUCCCAGUGAUGCUGUGGUCACCUGGCUGAGGAACGGGGUGAAGAUUGAACCCAGCCAGAAGUAUGUGAUCUGGCAGAAGGACACCAACCACAGCCUCACCAUCACUGAUCUGACACUGGAAGAUGCAGCUGAGAUCUCGGCCAGUGCUGAGGGUGUGGAAAGCACAGCCAACCUCAGAGUCCGAGAGGCCUCAAUCUCCUUCAAGAAGAAACUGGAGCCAAAAACAGUUGAAGAGAGAGACACAGUGACCUUGGAGGUAGAGCUGACCAAGCCUGCAGAGGUGAAGUGGAUGAGGAACAGCAUCGUAUUGAAGCCCAGUGAAAAAAUAGAGAUCAAAGCUGAGGGAGCAAAGCACACCUUGGUGGUGAAGGACAUCUCCUUUGCAGACAGGGGCUUCUACUGCUGUGAGAGCCCUGAUGACAAGACCCAAGCCAAGAUCAACGUGGAAAUGAGACAGAUCAAGCUGGUGAAAGGUCUUCAGCCCCUCCAAGUCUCUGAAAAAGGGACUGCCACCUUCGAGGUGGAGGUGUCACACGAGGAGGUGGAAGGGACCUGGCAGAAGGAUGGCAUCCGGCUGAAGCCUUCACCAAAUAUCAGUAUUGGUGUCCAGGGGAAGAAACAUUCACUGACCCUCUCUUCGUUGACUCUUGAAGAUGCAGGACUCAUCUCCUUCAAAGCAGAGGGCAUUCAUUCAUCAGGGAAGCUCACCGUGACAGAAUUGCCUGUGAGAAUCAGCAAACCUUUGGUGGACGUUAGUGUAACACAGAAGGACAAGGUCACGUUUGAGUGUGAGCUGUCCAGGCCCAAUGUGGAUGUUAAAUGGUUCAAGGAUGGGAAGGAGCUCCGGCAAAGUCAAAAAGUGGGGAUGAGUUCCCAGGGCAAUAAGAGGAGCCUCAUUAUUCACAAGUGUGAAUAUGAAGACCAGGGGACCUACACAUGUCAAGCAGCUGAAGACAAGACGUCAGCCACCCUAAAAGUCCAUGCCCGAGAUAUCAAGAUUGUUAAACCCCUGGAAGACGUGGAAGUGAACGAGUACGAGAGUGCCUCUUUCAUCUGUGAGAUUUCACACGAUGAGGUCCAGACCCAGUGGUACAAAAACGACAACAAGCUGAAGGCUGCUGACAACAUUAAAAUGCGUCAAGAUGGUAGGACCUACUCGCUGACUUACACGCGCGUCGAAGUCCAAGAUGCAGCAGAAAUCAAAUUUGUAGCAGAAAAGGCAGAAUCUCGUGCCCAGCUUGUUGUAAAAGAGCUGCCUGUGAAAAUCGUGAAGCCUUUGAGAGAUAAGAUUGCUCUGGAAAAGCACCGGGGGUUCCUGGAGUGCCAAGUGUCCCGUGCCAACGCCAAGGUGAGGUGGUACAAGAAGAACGUUGAGAUCCACCCCAGUGAUAAAUACGAGAUGGUGAGCGACGGCGUCUACCGGAAGCUCAUCAUCAACGAUGCAGACUAUGAAGAUGAAGACACCUACACGUGUGAUGCCUUUGAUGACAAAAGCAGUGCCAAUUUCUUUGUGGAAGAGCAAUCCAUUAAUAUUGUGAAGGAGUUGUGUGAUGAGGAUGUGACCGAGCCUGAAGAAGCCAAGUUUGAAUGUGAGAUAUCCAUCCCAUCUGUGAAACCCCCUAAAUGGUCUCUACGUGGAGAUGUCCUACAGGCUGGCAGAAACAUCAUCAUGCAGCAAGAAGGCACCAUCCACAGGUUGACAAUACUGAAGACCAGUGCUGAUAUGACAGGCCCUGUCCAGUUCUCCAUUGGCAAAUCAAAAUCCACAGCAAACCUGCUUGUCAGAGACUACCACAUACAGAUCACCAGGAAGAUGGAGGACAAGAUGGCCCUGGAGCGGCAUUCCGUCAUUCUCUCCUGUGACUUCAGGCCUUCUCCAAAGGUGGUGAAGUGGUUCAAGGACAACACGCCUAUCGAGCCCUCUGAGAAGUAUAAAAUCAAGCGGGAGCAGCAUUCUGCAGAGCUCAAGAUUCUGAAGGUGAAGCCUGAAGAUGCUGGUGUGUACAAGUGCAGGGCUGGGAACGCGGAGACCGAAGCCACGCUGACCGUUGAAGCCCGCAACGUUGAAGUGCUCAAACACCUGCAGGACGUGGAAAUUGAAGAAGAGAGCUCUGCUGUCUUCUCCUGUGAGCUGUCCCACGCUGAUGAGGACGUGGAAUGGUUCCUCAACGGCACCCUCCUCUACACCAACAAUUUCAAUGACAUCAGGAACGUUGGCAACUGCUACAUGCUGACGAUGAAGCAGGUCAAGCCUGAGGACGCUGGCACGGUGACAAUGAAGUCAGACAAGGUGUCAGAGAGCGCCUGUCUGAAGGUGAUAGAGAAGCCUGCUGUCUUCAUGAAGUCCUUGGAUGAUGUUUUUGGUGAGGAGCGAGGUGUAAUUAAACUGGAAUGUGAAGUCUCCAAAGAGAAGGUCAAUCCUGUUUGGAAGAAGGAUGGCGUGAAGCUCACUUCUAGUGACAAAUUCGAGCAGAUACAAUCUGGGAAGACCUUGUGCCUCCUUAUCCAUGACCUCGAAAAGACAGAUGCUGGUUUAUACACCUGUGAUAUUGGCACUGACGUUGCCAAGUCAAAGGUCAGCGUUCAGGAACUGAACAUUGGCAUCACCAAACGGCUGAAGAACACGGAGAUCCAGGAGGGAGAAGAUUGCACUUUUGAGUGUAUUUUGUCCCACGAAAGCAUCGGCGACUUCAACUGGACGCUGAAUGGGAGCAAAGUGGAAAGUGGUGGGAGAUUUAAAGCCUCUAACAUGGGUCGGAAAUACACACUCCAGAUCAAAAGUGUGGUUCCUGAUGAUUCUGGGGAAGUCGUUUUCAAUGCCCGUGGUCUAACCUCCAAGGCUUCUCUGGUUGUGAAAGAAAAGCCCACCGAGGUUACAAAACAGCUGGAGGAUCAAAAAUCAUCAGCAGGGCAGGACAUCACCCUGAGCUGUGAGUUGUCGAAAGCCGACGUGAGCAUCAGGUGGUACAAGGAUGGCAAAGCCAUCCGAAAAAGCCAGAAGUAUGACUUGCACCAAGAGGGCACACGAGCUGUUCUGAUCAUCCGGGACUCCACGGUGAAGGACAGUGGGGAGUACACCUGUGAGACAGAGGUCUCCAAGACAAAAGCCAAGGUCACAGUGCAAGAAAAACCUAAUUAUUUUGUCAAGGAACUUUCAGAUCUGAAAGCUGAUGAGAGCAGAACUGCAGUUUUUACGUGCCAGAGUGAGAGAGCUGCAUCCUCUGUGGUCUGGAGGAAAGGCAUAGCUGAACUCAGGGUGGGCAGGAAAUAUGAGAUCACCCAGGAGGGAAAAGUCCUCCAGCUGACCAUACACAACCUGGAGAAAAGUGACAGUGACACCUACACCUGUGACAUUGGGGAUGCCCAGUCCAGAGCCAAGCUCGUGGUACAAGGCCAGAAAGUGCUAAUAACAGAAGACCUGGAAGAUGUCACUGUGUUAGAAGGAGAAUCUGCCAUGUUCAAAUGCAGAAUCUCUCCUGUAGACUAUAGCAAAGUGCAGUGGUUUUUGGAUAAAACCCCACUCCAUACCAAUGAACUUAAUGAGAUCCAGUCUCAGCCUGGUGGAUAUCACUUGCUAACGUUGAAAAAACUCUCACUGAAGGACUCGGGGGUCAUUACAUUUGAAGCUGGUGAUAAGAAAACAACUGCCAGUUUGGUUGUUAAAGAGGAGCCCUGCAUCUUCACAAAGGAGCUGGCUGAUACUGAAGUCACGGAGGGAGAGGAUGUGAUCCUUCACUGUGAAACCUCCAAAUCAGACAGCCCUGUAAAGUGGUGCAAAGAUGGGAAGAGCCUUAGGAAUUCUUCCAAGUAUAACCUCAGCCGGUCGGGAUUUGAAGCCAAGCUUGUCAUUCACAGGGCAGAAGAAAGAGACAGUGGCAGAUAUGAGUGUGAGGCUGGAGCAGCUAAAAGUAGUGCUGUUGUUACUGUCAAGGAAGCACCAGUUCUAUUCAAGAAAGAGCUCCAGAAUGAAGAAGCUAAAGAAGGAAGACAAGUCAAGCUGAGCUGUGAGCUCAGCAAACCUGGUACCCUGGUGAAGUGGAUGAAGGGAGACACUGUUCUCUGUGCCAGUGAGAAGUAUGAGUUCCAGCAGCACGGGACAGUGGCAGAGCUCAUUAUUCGAGAUGUCCAACCCCUAGAUGCUGGGGACUACACCUGCACUGCUGGGGAACUGAAGACCACUGCUCGGGUGAAAGUAAAUGCCGUGCCUGUCCUUUUCAAGCAAGCCCUGGAGAACACGACCAUGGAGGAGGGGAAAUCUGUCUCCCUGCGCUGCGAGCUCACAAAAGCUGAUGCCACCGUGGUGUGGAAAAAAGGAGAAGCCACGCUCCAGGCAAGUGCCAAAUAUGAAAUGAAGCAGAAGGGGACAGUGGCAGAGCUGGUGAUUCAUAAUGCAGAGCCAGAAGAUGCGGGAAGAUACACCUGUGACACUGGAGACCAGCAGACCACAGCCCAAGUCAAAAUCCAUGCUGCCUCGGUGCUCAUCAAGGAGGAGCUGAAGAACGUGGAAGCUGUGGAAGGUGGGGCGGCCACCCUGCGAUGCCAGCUGAGCAGAGAGGCCCCCGUGGAGUGGAGGAAGGGGCACGCUCUUCUCCGGCCAAGUAACAAGUACAGGAUGAGGCAGGAGGGCACAGUGGCUGAGCUGCUGAUCCAGGAUCUGGAACCAAAGGAUGCUGGAGAUUAUACAUGUGUAGUGGGGAACCAAAAAACCACAGCAGCCUUAUCAGUGAAUGCCCUGCCCAUCCGUUUCAAACAAGAGCUGAGGAACGAGGAGGGGACGGAGAGCGGGACGGCCACGCUGCAGUGCGAGCUGAGCCACCCCGCGGGCUGCGUGCGCUGGAGCAAGGACGGGACCCAGCUGCUGCCAGGCAGCAAGUACAGGAUGAGGCAGGAGGGGUGUUUCCUUCAGCUCAUCAUCCAAGACCUUGACUUGAGGGAUGCUGGGAGCUAUACCUGUGUCUGUGGAGACCAGGAGACGACGGCUGCUUUGAAAGUGAACGCCUUGCCCAUCCUCUUCCAAGAAGAAAUGUUGAACAAGGAAGCUACAGAGGGAGAGGCAGUCACUUUGCACUGUAAACUGAGCAAACCAGCCCCUGUCGAGUGGAGAAAGGGGAAUAAGGUCCUGAAGCCAAGUGAAAAAUACCAAAUAGAGCAGGAAGGUCCCUUUGUGGAGCUGGUGAUCCGGGAUCUGGAUUUGGCAGAUGCUGGUGAUUACAGCUGUGUGUGUGGAGAUCAACAGACUACAGCUGCCCUGACAGUCAAUG